AUGAGGCCAAAGAUUUCAGGUCCUUCUGACGUUAUUAGCUCAGAGGCAGCAGCUAACUUGGAAGCAGUGUUCUCGGAAGAUGAGAUUUGGGCAGCUCUUAAAGAUUGUGAUGGGAACAAGACCCCAGGACCAGAUGGUUUUAAUCUAGCAUGCGUUCAAAAGUGUUGGCCUGUUAUGAAAAGUGAGAUUGUUCGAAUGUUUCAUGAAUUUCACACAAAUGCUAAACUAUCAACUGGGAUUAAUAGUUCAUUCAUUGUGCUUAUACCUAAGAGGGAUAAUUCUUCAAGAUUGGGAGACUAUAGGCCAAUUAGCUUGGUCAGCUCCAUCUAUAAGAUCUUGGCCAAGGUGUUGUCCAAAAGAGUGAAGCAGGUUCUCUCAGCUAUGAUUAGUGAGGUGCAGUGGAUUAGGUGGAUGAAGACUUGUAUUACAACAACUAUGGUGUCUACAUUAGUUAAUGGUGCACCUACAGAGGAGUUUCAACCACAGAAGGGGUUAUGGCAAGGUGACCCUCUAUCUCCAUUUUUGUUCAUUGUAGUAGCUGAAGGCCUUAAUCUUUUGUUGGAAAGGGCUAUUGAGAAGGGCCUGAUUAAGGGUGCAUCAGUUGGCUCUGAUCAGUUUGGUAUUUCACAUCUUCAAUUUGCAGAUGAUACUAUCAUUUUUUGUGAAGGUGGCAUGAAGGAAGUCUUGAACACUAAGAGAGUUUUGAGGCUUGCCUUUAGGGGCCAAUCCCAGAAGAAAGAGCACUUGGUCUCUAGUAGUGGUGAAGUUUCAGAAGAAGCUCUCUUCUUGGAAGAGGAGACUGGGGUUGUCAAGUCUAUUUCUAAGAUUCAGGCCAAUUUUCUAUGGGGAGGUUCUGCUACUAACAGGAAAGUGCACAUGGUCAAAUGGAAGGAGGUCACAAAAAGCAAGAAUCAAGGAGGUUUGGGAGUGAGGGACUUAAGUGAGGUAAAUGAAUGCUUGCUGCUGAAGUGGUGGUGGAAGUAUGGCAGUGAUGAUAAAGCUCUGUGGAAAUCAGUGAUCUACUCUAGUCUCAGAGUUGGUGUUGAGGACUCUUGCUCUUCGUUAGCAAAGAGGUCAAUGCAGUUUUCAGUUGCUUCUGUGUGGAGAUGGAGAGCUGCAGCUAGUGGGCUUGGUCUGGCAAUCUCAGUAGGGGUGUGGUGCUGGUUUCACAUGGUAAAGUGGUGGGACCAGGUUUGGGCUAUUCCAGGUUCUGUAGAAGGCUUGCUGCAAUAG